AUGAACACCUCGUUCUUCGGGAUCAAACAUCAUUCUUCUCUCAAAGCUUACAAGACUAGCAGCAAUCAUUUGGAGUUGUUGAAAAGAAGAAGUUUGUUGCAGAAAACCAAAAACUGGUGCACCGUAUAUGCCAAACACAGACACCCAAUAAGGCAAGAUUUUAGUUUUUGUUGCCAAAAUGUAAACUUGUUGAGGUUACACCAUGUUUCCAUUACUGGGUCUAGGUUGAAAUGUACCAAAAAAUCACGUUUUUCUUCUCUUUUCUUUACCCCAUUGUGGAAAGAAAGGAUUUUUUUGAUAAGGGUGUGUGUUUAUAGUGUUGUUAUCUCUGGUUUGUUUCUGUUGGUUUGGUUUGGAAGUUAUAAAGUUAAGGGUUAUGUUGAAACCAAACUACUGCCUUCUGUUUGUUUAGUAAUCAGUGAGCGAAUUCAGCGUGAAUUUCGCGUUGGAAAGGUUAGAAGGAUCUCGCCAUUGAGUUUGACAUUGGAGUCAUGUUCAUUUGGGCCUCAUAAGGAGGAGUUUUCUUGUGGUGAGGUUCCUAUUGUUAAGCUUCGUCUUCAUCCUUUUGCUAGUUUGAUGAGGGGAAAAGUUGUGGUUGAUGCAGUUUUGUCACAUCCUAGUGUGUUGAUUGUGCAGAAGAAGGACUAUAGUUGGUUAGGGAUACCGGAGAGUGAAGGAGGUAUAAAGAGGAACUUGUCUGCUGAAGGGAUUGAUUGUCGGACUAGAACGAGGAGGCUUGCACAAGAAGAAGCAGCGGCUCGGUUGGAGAGAGAGCGGGAUGACGCAGCUAGGGAAGCUGCAAAGAAUGGUUACUUUGUUUCUGAGUCCUCCCAGGGGGAUGAUUUAAAGGAGACUCAAGUUCAUUCAAGAGGAGAAACCGGUUCGAACUCCUUUUUCUGCAUGAGUGAGGGGAAACAUGAUCAUCAUUGUGUAGACAAGGGUGUUGAUUAUGAUAUGAAACACGGGGAGUUGGAAAAGACAUUUAGAGUGAAGUUUCCUGCUUCAUCGGGGCUUAGGUAUUGGUCCAGAGUUAUAAAAAGGUAUGGGAAACACAAAUUUAAGAGGAAGUCUAAAAGGAGUGACAUAUCUGCGUCUGGUGUUGCCAUCAAAAAAAGAAUUUUUGAAUGCAGUGCGUCAGCAGCACAUGCAUACUUUUGCGGUCGAUCACGAGGAAAUACUGAGGAGCCUUCAUCAUCUUCUGAAUGCUUUCAUUCUAUGAAUCUCGAUAAACAUUUGAUAAAAAAUGAUGUUGACAAAGUUACAGAAUCGGUUGCCAGUGGUGAUGAUGAUAAAGGUAUUGUUGCACAGAAUGGGGUAGAUGUUCUGCAGCCGGAAGGCCUUAGCGAGACUCUUCCUGUAAUGUUGGAUUCUGUUCAUUUCAGAGGCGCAACUGUGAUGCUACUUGCAUAUGGAGACAAUGAAGUUAGGGAGAUGGAGAAUGUCAACGGCCAUGUGAAGUUUCGUAACCGCUACAACCAUAUAAACAUACACCUGAAUGGAAAUUGUAAGCCCUGGAGGUCAGAUGUUAUUUGCAGAGAUGGUGGUUGGUUGUCUGCAGAUGUUUUUAUUGAUAUUACUAAGCAAGAAUGGCAUACUAAUUUGAAAAUCGACAAUCUUUAUGUUCCGCUAUUUGAAAGGAUCCUAGAAAUUCCAAUUACAUGGUCUAAAGGGAGGGCCAGUGGUGAGCUUCACUUGUGCGUGUCUAAGGGUGAGACUUUUCCAAAUAUUCACGGACAGCUAGACGUGACGGGAUUGAACUUCCAACUAUUAGAUGCUUCAUCGUGUUUCUCUAACAUAUCAGCAAGUUUGUGUUUUCGUGUUCAAAGAAUAUUUUUACACAAUGCAUGUGGCUGGUUUGGCAGCAUUCCUCUAGAAGCGUCAGGAGAUUUUGGUAUUCACCCCGAGGAAGGAGAAUUGCAUAUUAAGUGUGAGGUACCUGGUGUUGAUGUGAAUGCUUUGAUGAAAACUUUCAACAUGAAAUCUUUCUCGUUCCCGCUAGCAGGAUCAGUAACUGCUCUGUUUAAUUGUCAAGGUCCGCUAGACAAUCCUAUAUUUGUGGGCACUGGAAUGGUUUCUAGGACAUCGCCUUCUUUACUUGAUGACACUCCGGCAACUGUAGCAUCUGAAGCACUUGCUAAAAGUAAAGAAGCUGGUGCAGUCGCAGCAUUUGACCGCAUACCAUUUUCAUAUGUAUCUGCCAAUUUUACUUUCAACACUGAUAACUGUGUUGCUGAUUUAUAUGGAAUUAGAGCAAGCCUUGUGGAUGGUGGUGAAAUUCAAGGAGCUGGGACUGCUUGGAUAUGCCCAGAGGGUGAAGAAGAUGAGACAGCCUUAGAUGUUAACUUUUCUGGAAAUUUGGCCAUUGAAAAAAUAUUUCUUCGCUAUAUUCCCAAUUAUCAUAGUUUGAUGCCACUCAAACUAGGGGUUAUACAUGGAGAGACAAAAAUCUUGGGAUCUCUUUCAAGACCAAAGCUUGAUAUAAAAUGGACUGCACCUUCUGCAGAAGGGUCUUUUAGUGAUGCUAGAGGAAAUAUCGUAAUUUCACAUGAUUUUGUUUCUGUUAAUUCUGCUUCAGCUGCAUUUGAUUUGUAUAUGAAAGCUCAAACAACUAAUUCUGAUGAUUUUUCGCAUACAAGUGAAGAGUUGUGUGCUCCAAAAGUCAUUCCAUUUAUCUGUGACAAGAUUGAGCUUGAUCUGAACAUGCACGAGUUUGAAUUCUUCCGUUUAGUUACUACUUAUACAUUGGAUUUUCCAAGACCUUUGCUUCUGAAAGCAACUGGAAGAGUUAAGUUUCAAGGAAAGCUUUUAGAACCUAGUUACACUGUGAUGGAACAAAAUUUUGAUGAGAAUGGGCAACAUCUACACAUGUUAGAGAAAGGAAGUCCAGAUUGUCUUGUUGGAGAGGUUUCAAUCUCCGGUCUCAAAUUGAAUCAAUUGGUGCUCGCACCUCAACUAUCGGGGUCGUUAAGAGUUUCUCCUAAAUACAUCAAGUUGGAUGCCUCCGGUAGACCUGAUGAAAGUUUUCAAGUGGAGUUUAUCAGGCCACUACAGUCCAGUGAUGAAGAUGAUCUGAAAAGUGGACAACUGUUGUUUAUUUCACUUCAAAAAGGGAAAUUGGGGGCCAGUGUCAAUAUCCAACAAAGUCUUUCAGCUAGCUUGGAGGUACAAAAUUUUCCACUAGAUGAGCUGGAGCUUGCUUCUCUCAGGGGGGUUAUUCAGAGGGCGGAAAUCCAGGCUAAUCUUCAAAAAAGAAGAGGACAUGGAAUCCUAUCUGUACUUGGGCCAAAAUUCAUUGGUGUUCUUGGUAAAUCCCUAGAUGUGGCGGCUAGGUGGAGUGGAGAUGUUAUCACAAUAGAAAAAGUUAUCUUCGAACAAAGCAACAGUCAUUAUGAACUUCAAGGUGAAUAUGUAUUGCCUGGAGCCCGUGAUCGCAACCCUGUUGAUGGAAAAGGGGACGGCUUUUCAAAAGGGCUGAUGUCUAGGCAUCUUGGUAGUGUUAUAUCCUCGAUGGGCAGGUGGAGAAUGAAACUUGAAGUCUGCAGAGCGGAGAUUGCUGAGAUCCUUCCUCUUGCCAGGCUUCUUUCUCGAAGCAUGGACCCUACUGUUCUCUCAAGAUCAAAGGAUUUUUUUAUUCGAAGUUUGCAGUCGAUGGGAUUAUAUUCAACUAGCUCUCAACAACUGCUUGAGUUAAUAAUGGGACAUCAUGCUUCAUCACAUGAUGUUGUUCUUGAAGAUAUAAAUCUGCCAGAUUUAUUUGAUCUCAAAGGUCGCUGGCAUGGCUCUGUCGGUGCAAGUGGCGGAGGGGAUGGAGACACCCUGGCAAAAUUUGACAUUCACGGGGAAGAUUGGGAGUUGGGAGAAUACAAAACUCAGCGUAUCUUGGCAGUUGGUGCUUACAGUAAUGAUAAUGGGCCUAAAACCAACCUUCAUUUUGCGGUCUUAAACUUUCCUGUUAGUCUGGUCCCAACCGUUGCUCAGCUUGUUGAAUCUACAACAACAGAUUCUGUUCAUUAUUUGGAGCCAUUGUUAGCACCGAUUAAGGGUGUCUUGCAUAUGGAAGGAGAUCUUAGAGGAAGUUUAACAAAACCAGAAUGUGAUGUGCAAAUAAGGCUCCUAGAUGGUUCCGUUGGUGGAAUUGAUCUGGAACGAGCAGAAGUUGUUGCUUCUUUAACAUCAACCAGCCGUUUUCUUUUCAAUGCAAAAUUUGAGCCUAUAAUCCAAAAUGGUCAUGUACUAAUUCAAGGAAAUAUUCCUGUUACUUUUGUUCAAAAUAACACGUUACAGCAAGAUGAAGAAUUAGAUCAGAGUGGGGCUACAUUGUUUCCUGGUUGGGUGCGGGAGAAAACUAGAGGGACCGCUGCCGAUGCCAGCAAAAAGAACACUUUUAGAGACAGAAAUGAAGAGGUUUGGAACACUUGGUUAGCAAAAAGCCUUGAAGGUUUAUAUUCGCAAAAUUUAGAUGUUGGAGAAGUCAGGGUUGAUGCUGAUAUAAAAGAUGGAGGAAUGAUGCUGAUAACAGCUUUAACUCCCUAUGCCGAUUGGCUUCAUGGAAACGCUGAUGUCAUGCUCGAGGUGAGAGGUACAGUUGAUCAACCAUUGCUUAAUGGCUAUGCAAUAUUCCACAGGGCAUCUAUAUCUUCACCAGUGUUUCGAAAGCCACUAACCAAUUUUGGUGGUACUGUUCAAAUGAAAUCAAACAGGUUAUCCAUAACCUCACUGGAGAGUAGGCUAAGCGGAAAAGGGAAACUGCUUGUAAGAGGGAACCUUCCUCUUAGAACUAGUGAAGAAACCCUUGAUGACAAAAUUGAGUUGAAGUGCGAUGUUCUAGAAGUGCAUGCGGAAAAUAUUUUAAGUGGCCAGGUUGACUCCGAGCUGCGAAUAACUGGUUCAAUAUUGCAACCAAUCGUUUCUGGGAAUGUUAAACUUAGUCGUGGAGAAGUAUAUUUGCCACGCGAUGGGAGUAGUGGCGAUAGUCAAGCCCUUGCUUCAAAUCAAUCUGCACUUUCUGCUGGUGGUGGUGAUAGUCAAGAAUUUGCUUCAAGAUAUAUUUCACAGUAUUUUGGUUUAAGAUCUGCUUCUUUGACGACCAAAUCUUCUCAAUCCUCGAGCUCUGUGAAUGGGUCAAGUGAUGUUGAUAAGGACGUGGAGAAAAUGCUGAUAAAACCAAGUACAGAAACCCGCCUUAGUGAUUUGAAGCUUGUGUUUGGACCAGAAUUGAAGAUAGUUUAUCCUUUGAUUCUUAUAUUUACUGUUAGUGGAGAGCUUGAGUUGAAUGGUCUCUCACAUCCCAAAUGUAUAACACCUAAGGGCAUACUGGUAUUUGAGAAUGGUGAAGUUGAGCUACUUGCAACACAGGUGAGGUUAAAACGGGAACAUCUAAAUAUUGCAAAGUUUGAGCCCGAGUAUGGACUAGAUCCACUGCUAGAUUUAGCCUUGGUUGGAUCUCAAUUUCAAUAUAGAAUUCAAGGCCGGGCUAGCAAUUGGCAGGGCAGUGUGGAACAGGAUACAUUAUCACCUAUUGAGGCUGUUAGAAAAUUUGAGAGUCAGUUAGCAGAAUCCAUUUUGAAAGGCAAUGGUCAACUUGCACUUGAAAAGCUAGCAACUGCUACUCUUGAAAAGUUAAUGCCGCGGAUAGAAGGGAAGGGUGAGUUUGGCAAUGCUAGGUGGCGGAUAAUGUACUCGCCUCAGAUUCCUAGUUUAGUAUCUUCUGGUGCUACGGUGGAUACUUUCGAGUUUCUUGCCGGUAAUUUAACAUUUGGAACAGAUUUUGAAGUACAGCUUGGGAAACGUCUUCAGGCCAGAGUGACUAGGCAAAUAAAGGAUUCAGAAAUGGCAACACACUGGUCUUUGAGCUAUCAACUCACAAGUCGCUUGCAUUUGCGCCUACAAUCUUCUCCAUUACUAUGCAUAUUUUUUGAAUAUUAUGCUACAACCUAG